GCGCAGUCCUUGACCCUUUCACGUGUGGGUUACCCGCGAGAGCAGGGGGAGCGUGCGCCGGGGCUGCGGCAGGAACCCCAGAAAGGAAAGGCUUGGAAGCACCCACCAUGGCAGCGCAGGCAUUUAAAAAAUUUCUUCCUCUUUUUGACCGAGUACUGGUUGAAAGAUGUGCAGCUGAGACAGUAACUAAGGGAGGAAUCAUGAUUCCAGAAAAAUCUCAAGGAAAAGUGCUACAGGCCACUGUUGUGGCAGUUGGAUCAGGCUCAAAAGGCAAGGAUGGAAACACUCAACCAGUUAGUGUAAAAGUUGGUGAGAAGGUUCUACUACCUGAGUACGGGGGUACAAAAGUUGUAUUGGAUGAUAAGGACUAUUUCAUAUUUAGAGAUGGUGAUAUUCUUGGAAAAUACGUUGACUGAGCAGUUCGUACUCUGGCAUUAUCAUGAAGUUGUCAUUCCACAAGAAGUGCUCAAAUGCUUUUGUUCCAUCAUGUAAAUAAUUAUUUUCUUAAUAAAUGCAACAUUUCUCAAAUAAUUCGAUAUUGUGACCUUGAAAUAAAACUAAUCUGUACAGUGAAAUCA